CCAUGUGUGAGAGAGAGUUGUUGGCCACGUGGUCCAAUAUGUGAGAGAGUGCAAAAAUGACUUGAGAGUAGCAAGAACAAGAAGACAAGAAGAUCCCACCAACGAAUGAUCACCUGAAGGGAAAUGGUCAAAUCAGAAGUGAAAUAUCAAAACACACUCUUUACACUGUCACUGAUAGUGAGAGUGAACUCUAAAUCUAAUUUCAUUUUCGUUCCCCACCUCUUAUGUGGCGCUUUCUCCUUAACCCUCAUAUUUGCACCCUCAAAUCUAUAUAUGAAGUUGACAGACAUUUCUCACUCUCUACUAUGACCCACCACAAGACACAAAAUGCACACAUCCAAAUCCUAUGUGGCCACUAAUACAUAAUAAAUCCAAGUUUUUACCCUUUCAAAGAUCAAAAGUGAACCGUGUGGGAUCGGUGUGCACAGCUGGCUCUUUUUUUUGCCAUGUCAGUUCCAAAUCGUAUAUAAACCAUUUCCACCCUCUGACUUUCCAAAAACAUCAAAUCUUCUAAACCUUAAACAUUCCAAACUCCAACACAAACAACCUGCCACUUCCCAAACAUGAACAUGAACUACUCCUCUUCUUCCUUCUCCGCCACUACACUCACCUCCGAUCAAGAACUCUCUGUCAUCGUCUCUGCCUUAACCAAUGUCGUCUCCGGCUCCACCUCCACCGAAUUUCACCUCCCAAAUCCCGCCAUCGGAAGCAGCAGCAGCAGCAGCUUAGAAAGAAUUGUUCCACCUGCGAACAUAGAAACCUGCCAGGAAUGCAACAUUGCAGGAUGCUUAGGAUGCGAUUUCUUCCCAGAAGAGAAAAAACAAAAACAAAAGAGAGCUAAGAAGAAGUACAGAGGAGUGAGACAAAGACCAUGGGGUAAAUGGGCUGCUGAAAUUCGUGACCCGAGACGUGCCACCCGUGUUUGGCUCGGAACAUUUUCCACGGCGGAGGAAGCUGCCAGAGCUUAUGACAAUGCUGCCAUCGAGUUCCGUGGGCCGAGGGCCAAACUCAAUUUUCCAAUGGUUGAUGAUUCACUUAAGCAGUCAGAAGUGGUUGCUCCUGAUUUAGAGAAUGUAAAAGAUGAGAAUGAGAAUGAGAACGAGAAUAUGAAUCAAGAAAUGCAAAGUGAGACAAAUAUUGGAUUUGGGAAUAAUAUGGAUUGUGAUUUUUGGGAUAGGCUUGGGGAAACUGAUUUUCAACAACUGAUGAGGUUUAUGGAUUUUGGUGGAGAUUCUUCUGAUUCCAGAACUGGGAACACUUUUAAUUAGUUCCUGAACUCAACAACAAUGGAACAGUUACUUGUGUAAAUUAGUGCGUGUUUGACCGAGGUUAAGGUAUUGAUUAGCUUCGCUUUGCAACAAUGUGCAUAAUCUUUCUUCCACUAGAUUUUUUCGGAGGAGGAAGUUACCAUGCCAGCUGCAAGUGCAAAUCGUGAUUUCAAUUUUUGUUUUUGCAGAAGAAUCUGCUAUGUAGAAUUUUGCUGUGCAAUGUGCAGCUAGUGUCUUUCUUGCUUCAACUACUUUUUUUCACGAACAAAAUUGCCUUGAUAUAUACCUGCAACUGCAAAUCGUGAUUUUAAUGUAAUCUGCUUUCUAAAAUAUUGUACUUAAUGUGUGGCUUUAUUGAAUUAUAUUAUAGUAUAAAUACUAGUUCUGUUCACUGA